UCCAGGUUACUUACGUAAUGUGGCCAAAAUAAACAACGGUUAAUCUAAGAUAUUGCGGCCGUUUUGGUGAAUUCUCAUAACUCAUAAGACUUUUAUAGAAAAUCAGAAAGUUUAUAUUAAUCCGAACUUAUGGCUGCAGUUUCAGCUACUAUUUGAGACUGCUCCAGGGAAGCAAAGGACAAUGUCAGUGCAUCGCGAUGUUGAUGAUGCUAAUCAUGCACACAUCAGUGAAAUAUGUGGAGACGAUGCACCAGUUGGUACUGAAGCGCCUCAGAAGGAGCAAGAAGCACUUCAGAAGGCUCAAAGUCCUCACACAACAUGGGAUAUACGUUACCCACAAAAUGGUCAUGGCAGCAGCCCUGUUAACAUUUCAAAGGAUUCAGUUCCUAGUAUGGGCAACUGUGUCACUUCUCCGGCGCAUCUUGCCCCUCCAUCCCCUUCUUCCCAUCAUACUCCAGCAUUAGGGGCAUCUCACUCAUGGCAUCAUAGUUCCUUUGGUUUGCAGCCUUCAUUAAGUGAAAGGUCACUUCUUUUAGGGAAAUCCCACAGGUCAGGAUCAACUUUUAUAUGCAGUGCAAUGCCUUCCAACAUCUUGACACAUGAUGCAACCCAUAGGGCUAGUGGUUUCAGCAGGAAACAGCUGUUAACCCUGGCUUCAAUGCUUCUGAUAGACUUGUCGUCCUUUGCGUCAAUGUCUGUGUUAGCUCCAUUUUUUCCAAAGCAGGCCCGAAGUUUGAAUUUAAGCACAACAUUUGAUGGAGUAGUUUUCAGUGUUUAUGCUUUCGUAAUUUUUAUAGUAUCUCCAGUAAUUGGAAAAUUUUUACCUUUGAUGAAUUCCCGUAAAGUCUACUUAGUAGGGAUCGUGAUUGCAGGAGUAUUUGACAUUUGCUUUGGGAUGACUUACUGGCUACGGUCCCCAGAGGUUUUUGCAGUAAUAACUAUCACUCUACGAAUAAUUACAGCCCUUGGCACAGCUGCUUUCUUGACAGUUAUAUAUGCUGUGGUUCCAGUAUUAUUUCCUGAGGAUAUGAAUAUGGUGAAUGGCAUGUUGGAGACAGCUGUUGGAAUUGGGAUGUGUGUGGGUCCUGCAGUUGGAGUUUGGCUAUAUUCAAUCGGUGGGUUCGGCCUUCCAUUCUAUGGACUAGGAGGGUUCCGUUUACUUUGCGCUUUCAUCAGUUAUUUUGCUUAUCCAUCUCAUGUUUCCUUGGAUCACAGAGCAGGCAUCGUCAUUGUUGACGAUUGUUAUGAAGAAAGUCUAUGGGUAAAAGUGGUGUGUGGAUUUAGCACAUGGAAUGGAAAGUAUAUUGACACAAGUGACUCCGCAAACAUUGAGAUGGUGUCAAUCUAA